GUGCGUACACCGUACAUUCCGUACAACGCGCGAUCAACCGUGCCGUUCCGACGGAUGUUACGAGACUGUGGACUUUGAUUGCCCUUUGAAAAUUUAUAUCAAUUUCAAAACGUGAUUUGGAAGAUUUUUCACAUAUUGGAAAAAUUGAACUUGCCGGAAUUCAAUCAUUGCGUUUUUCCAAUGCGGUAUAUUUAGAAGUAUCAUAUCCUGUAAAGUGCGAAGAGCCGUGACUCGCAACCAUGUCGCAGGCGAUUGUCGACGACAAUAUGAACAAGACAAAUGGAAUCCAUCUGAAAGAGGUGAAACUAAAUGGCAACGAUUUAGAGACCGGAAAAAAUCAUCUGAUAUCCGACGAACCCACGCCAUGGGGUCGGAUAAUAGCCACAGUGCUCGCGGUAGGCGUAGUCGUGGCCGCCUGCACGGUCACGUGGGUCUUCCAGGAUUGGCAGACGAGCCUCAUAGUCCUAGCCAUACUUGUCGUGGUCUACGUAAUACUCUUCCAUUGGAGAUGGAUCUACAUCGCCCUGAGGACGGCGAAGAGGGAUUUCUCAGCCUUGUUUUGCUACAUUAAAGUCUUGCGUCUGUAUAAAAAGUUCACCAAGAGGAAUUGGGUGAUGCCGGACAUCUUCCAUCAGCUCGUCAAGAAACAUCCAAACAAAGCCUGCUUCCUCUUCGAAGAUGAAACGUGGACCUUUCAACAGGUCGAGGAGUUCAGCUUGCGAGUAUCAGCGGUCCUUAAGGCGCAGGGCGUAAAGUCGCGGGACGUGGUGGGCGUUAUGAUGAACAACUGUCCUGACAUGCCGAGCACUUGGUUGGGAGUUGCCCGGCUGGGUGCCGUGUCCCCUCUUAUCAACACUAAUCAGACCGGCACUGCGUUGAUACACUCUAUCAAAAUCGCUGACUGCAACGUCGUCAUUUACGGGAGCGAGUUUGAGUCAGCCAUCAGCGACAUUGCCAAUGAGCUUGAUCCAUCCAUAAAACUGUUGAAGUACACCCGUCGUCCGCUGAACACGUCCGGCGACGGAGUGAGGCUGGUUGAGUCCAACAAUGACUUCACAGCUAUGCUGGAGUCGACUCCUCCGGCACCCUGGACGUUCUCCGAUGGAGAUGGAUUCAACGGCAAGAUGUUGUAUAUCUAUACAUCUGGAACUACCGGCCUGCCGAAAGCUGCUGUUAUUUCUUCGUCAAGAAUGACGUUCAUGGCAUCUGGCAUUCAUUAUCUUGGUGGACUGAGCAGUAAGGACAUCAUCUACUGCCCAAUGCCGCUGUACCACUCUGCAGGAGGCUGCAUAACGAUGGGCCAAGCAAUGAUCUUCGGAUGCACCAUUGUUUUGAGGACCAAGUUCUCGGCUUCUGCCUACUUCCCGGAUUGCAUCAAAUAUAAUGCCACCGCAGCACAUUACAUUGGUGAAAUGUGUCGGUACAUCCUGUCCACUCCACCAGCACCCACUGACAAGCAGCACAAAGUCCGUCGGGUAUAUGGCAAUGGAAUGAGACCAGCUAUAUGGACGGAAUUUGUAACUCGGUUUAACAUAAAGAGAGUUGUCGAGUUCUAUGGUGCCACUGAAGGAAAUGCUAAUAUAGUGAAUAUAAACAACAAGACAGGAGCGAUUGGAUUUGUAUCCAGGAUCAUACCUGCAAUAUAUCCAAUUGCUAUUCUAAAAGUUGACCAAGAAACUGGGGAACCUAUCAGGAACUCGCGAGGUUUAUGUCAGUUGGCCAAACCGAACGAGCCUGGAGUGUUCAUCGGUAAGAUCCAGCCCAAUAACCCCUCGAGAGCAUUCCUCGGUUACGCUGAUAAAGCAGCUUCGGACAAGAAGAUAGUCAGAGACGUUUUCACUCGUGGAGACUCCGCUUUCAUAUCAGGCGACAUCCUAGUGGCAGACGAGUUGGGUUACUUGUAUUUCCGAGAUCGAACCGGGGACACAUUCCGCUGGCGCGGCGAGAACGUCAGCACCACCGAGGUGGAGUCCGCCGUGUCCCGCGUCGCUGAUCAGAGAGACGCUGUUGUUUAUGGAGUAGAGGUCCCAAACAUUGAAGGACGAGCGGGCAUGUGUGGCAUCGUGGACACCGAGGGAACUCUAGACCUCGAUCAGCUGGCUAAGCGGAUCGCGAAGGACCUGCCGGCGUACGCGCGCCCUGUCUUCAUGCGGGUCAUGACCAGCGUAGAUAUGACGGGCACGUUCAAGAUGAAGAAGGUGGAUUUACAAAAAGAAGGAUUCAACCCAUCAGUAAUAAAAGAUAAAUUAUACUAUUUAGAUUUAAAACUAGGCAAGUACCUACCAUUAGGACCAGAAGAAUACGAGAAGAUUGGAAAGGGACAAAUAAGACUGUGAUUAAAUUUAAGAUUAUCAGGAUAAGAAUUAUUAAAUGCAUGCCAGACGCUGACUGAAGCUGAGAAUACUCAAACAGUUGAUUCUGGUUUGUAAAAAAAGGGGCUGAAAGGACCAUAUGUAGAUAGUAAAGUGUAGAAUCGUAUUUAUACAUUAAAGUGAGAACAUGACAAUGACAUAGGUAGCAAAUUAAAGUAACAUAAGACAAAGUAUUCCAAUGAUAGCUAUAAUUAGUUUUAAAUUACUGAUUAUAGAAACGUCUUUUCGGAAACCAGAAAAUAGUUUUCUCCAUGUCCUAUGUACUUAAGCAUCCUAAUGUCUACUGUAAAUAGCAUAUACAUGAUUGCAUUAUACUUGUAUGUGGGGGCUCCUAAAGAAACAGACAAUAAUGUGAUCUGAUAUCGUAAAAUGUGAGAGAAAGUAAUGAAAUGUUUUCUAAAUCA